AUGUGGGACGUUGCUAUGGCUUGGUUCUGGCCCAGAUCUGGCAAACAGAAGCUGACCGCCCAAGAGCCAUCAUUCCACGUGGAGGACGCCCCGGUCCAAAGACAGAGCCCCAGAGCCAGCCGCACCUGCAUGAAGAGUCACCAGCAGAACAAUAAUGACGGCGGCUCUCAUAACACCGUUCCCUUCAAGUCACCAAGUAUUGCCAAGCCAUACAGCAGAGCUGACUUUGAGGACAAAUACGAGGAAAUGGAGCAGCUGGGCAAAGGAGGCUAUGGCUCUGUCUAUGCUGGCCGCCGCAAGGGGGACAAUUUACAAAAUGUGGGUGGGGGUCUGCAGCAGUUCUCCCUGGAGGCGGUGCUGCUGCUGCUCGUGGGAGGUGAUUCGGCAGCGACGGGUGAAAACGCGGCCGUGACUCUGGUGGAUUGGUUUGAGGUGGAGCGAGAACUGAUCUUGGUGAUGGAGAGACCCCUCCCCUCUACUGACCUCUUCGACUACCUCCAGGCUGAGGGGGGCUUCCUGGAGGAGCAUGAGGCUAAGCCCUUAAUGAAGCAGCUGGUCAGUAUGAUGGUGGACGUCCACGCCAGGGGAGUUCUCCACCGGGACCUCAAGCUGGAGAACAUCCUGGUGGAGACUGGCACCAACACCCCGCGUCUCAGGCUGGACGACUUCGGUUGCGGCUGCCUCCUGAAAAAGGGGCUUUACAGAGAGUUCUCCGGCACCACCCUAUACACUCCCCCGGAGUGGUUCAUGUGUGGCUGCUACAGAGCUGGUCUCUGCACUGUGUGGCAGCUGGGUGUGUUGCUGUACAGUAUGCUGGGUGGAGAGCAGCCAUUCGGCAGCACGAGGGAAAUCGUUUUCGACGAGCCUUAUAUCAGUCCCAAUCUGUCCCCUGAUUGCCAGGAUCUGCUGCAGAAGUGCCUGUCCAAGUGUCCCCAACAACGACCCACCUUGGAUGGGCUGCAGCGCCACCCCUGGCUGAACUGA